UGACCGCCGCGGAAGUUUUUCUGUCGAUUCUUUACUUGUUGCAAUGUUUUCUAGGCGUGAGAAAAUGUUAUCCGGUCCGCGAAUUGAAAACAACCUUUCUUUGAAACAACCAUACUAGAAAACGUGUGUCUUUCUUCUCAGAAUAAAGGUGUUGAAUUGUUAUCGGAGGUCUUCGUUUGGCUCCAGUUAGACGUAAUACACACAAACGCAGGCCGACGGGAGAUGUCUAACUCGGAGGCGUGUGUGUCUGUGCGGGAGUGGCUGUCUGUGUUGCGGUUGGAGCAGUAUUACCAGGCCUUCCAGGUGGCGGGCCUGCUAACAUUCAAGGACUGCUCUGCCCUGACCCCUGACCUUUUGGAGAGGAUGGACAUCACGCUGCCCGGGCACCAGAGACGCAUACUUGCUAGCCUUAACAAAACACUCCACACUCCCCCUGACACACACACUCCGCAAAGGCAGACACACACUCACGCCCCCCCCGAGAGGGAUCUCCACGCCGUUCCUGGGGAAGAGGGAGAUCAUGGAGAGAAAGAGAGACCAGCAGCCUCCAGAAACCAGCCCAGCCCCAAGGCCAGAGAGAGAAUAGUACCUGCACCUAGACAAAGGCAUGGGAGAGACAAACCGGUUCCCAAAGAGAGACCAGUGUCAAGAACAAGAGAGCAAGAGAGGGAUGGAGACAGAGAGAGACAGGGGUGCAGAGCGGAGACGAGUGGAGAGUUGAAGAAGCCUGUCCCUAAGGAGAGGACUAAGGAUCACUCUGUUCAUGUGGACCCUAACUCCCCCAACGCGCACCCUCCCCUCCCAGAUGGCCCCCAGGACCCCCCCCUGCCCCCCAUCCCACCACGAAGCACCCCUAACUGCCCCCCUCAACGCUUCACCCCGACCCCUACCCCCACGCCCCCCUCACCUCAACUCAGUAGCAUUCCUGCCUCAAUAGCCCUCCCAACCCGCACUCUCUUGCAUCCUUCGCCUGACACCCCCUCCCUCCAAACGCGCCCAAACUCUCUGGCCCUGUUCCUUCCCCCCCCCCAGCCAAAACAGAGGGGUAAGGGGAGGAGAAAAUCCCCCCCCAUUUCCCCCUCAGCCUCCACCUCCUCCUCGUCCUCCCUCAUCUCCUCGUCCUCGUCCUCCUUCUCCUCUUCCUCUCUGGAGCAGUCUGAGGACAGGGGAGCUCCACCCCUCCCUCCCAAAAGCUCUGCUGCAGGGGCGGGCCCAAAUGGACCACCACCAAUCCCACGCCGGACCCCAGUCCGGCCCAAUGAAAGCACACCUCAAAGCGACUCUCCUGUCGGUGAGACGCCUGAGGGCCCCACGCCGCGCGUUCCGCCCCGCAGCAAGACGCCGUGCGCGGCAGACAGCGCGCCACUCCACGCCCGGGCUGCGUCGCCGUUGGACGUCCAGUCGGCUCUGCCAGUGAGAAGAGUCCCUGAGCCGUCCACCCCUGAGAUCAGAUCAGAAUCAAUUGACAGCUCUGAAUACUAUGAAGAUGUAGAUCCUGGAUACGUACCCCAGUCUGUCAACAUAGUGAGCAGGGAAAUGUUCCUGCCGGUGCCUGGACAAGGGAAGGGGCGGUACAACUCCCUCUGCAGUGAUGAUGAGCAACUAGAUUACGACAAUGAGCCGAUCACAAACAAUCGUAACUCGUGGGUAGACUACGGCAUCAGCACCCUUCAGGGGAGUGUCUACCUGCCCAGCAAUGGAUGCCUGGCCCCGCCCCCUCAGGAAGCCCCCGCCCACCUAAGUGUCAUCAAGAUGGGUUGGCUGGACAAGAACCCACCGCAGGGGUCUCUCUACUACCAGAGACGUUGGGUGAAACUGGAUGUGGAUCACCUCAGAUACUUUGAUAAUGACAAGGAAGUGUACUCCAAGAGGAUCAUCUCCACCUCUGCCAUCACAGGGGUCACCAACGUGGGCGAGCUCAAGUUUGAGGUGGUCACGCACAACCGCAACUUUCUCUUCAGGGCAGAGACGGAGUUGGAGAGGAAGGAGUGGGUGUCAGUGUUGCAGGACUGUGUCCGGGGUCGCCAGACCAGCUCUUGCUCCACCCCUGCUUCACCUUUGACCCCUGAGCAGCAAGGCUACCUGGAGUUGAGAGGACUUCGCUCCAAACUCUACACGGUGGUGUCUGGGGAGAAGGUCUUCCUUUACAAGAACAUGGAGGACUACCGUCUAGGUGUUGGCAUCAGCUCCAUUGAGAUGAACGUAGGAAACGUCAAAGAAACAGACCGUCGCAGCUUUGACCUUACCACACCCUAUCGCAUAUUCAGCUUCAUCGCCGAGUCGGAGCAGCUGAAGGACCAAUGGGUGGAGGCCAUGCGGGACUCCAUUGGAGAGGCGCUGUCCAAUAGCGAGGUGGCUGAGCAGAUCUGGGCGGAGCCUAGCAACGGUUACUGUGCCGACUGCGGAGCCACCAAACCUGAGUGGGCGUCCAUCAACCUGUGUGUGGUGGUCUGUAAACGCUGUGCAGGAGAGCACCGAGGGUUAGGCCCCAGCAUCUCCAAGGUCCGCAGUCUGAAGAUGGACAGGAAGGUGUGGACAGAGGAGCUCAUACAGGUGUUCCUGUUGCUAGGUAACGAGCGUGUCAACGGGUUCUGGGCGGCGAACGUCCCGCCCAGCGAGGCCCUGAGCCCGUCCAGCUGCACCGAGGAACGCCACCGCUUCAUCGGCAACAAGUACCGCCACGGAAAGUACCGGAAGUACCACCCCCUCUAUGGCAACCAGAGAGAGCUCAACAACGCGCUGUGUAUUAACGUCCAGUGCAGUGAUGUUCUGGAGACCCUGAGUCUGUUGUUCUGUGGGGCGGAUGUGAACUGCUCUCCAGACCAGGCCGACUGGCCCUCGCCCCUCUCCCUCGCCCAGGCCCACGCUCAGACACUCCAGGCUGAGUUCCUCAGCCGCAACCUCAACACAGAGCUGCCUCGGUUGGAGGUGAUCGGGCUGAUGGAGGCGGUUCAUUACUCCGCCCCCUCCUCCGUCUCCUGCAAUGGCUUCCUGUUCAAGACCGGCUCUAUGGCUCGGCCAAUCACGGAGCGCAAGGCUAAGGAGGAGUUCAGCCGUCGCUGGUGCACACUGAACGAUGGCUGCUUCAGCUACUACGAGAGUGACAAGAACUCCACCCCCAACGGCAUGCUGAAGUCCACGGAGAUCGUCUGUCUCGCCAGCAACACGCCUGACAAACAUGGGUACGAGCACACGUUUGAGCUCUACUCGGACUCGGAGCGUUUGUAUCUGUUUGGUACAGACGACCCAGAGAGCCACAGGGAGUGGGUCAAGUCCAUCACCAAGACAUUUAUCCCAGCCAAUGCAGAGCCCUUGCUGAGGCUGGGCUUUGAGCGGAUUGGUAGGCUGCGGUAUAAGGACGGGCUGAACCUGCAGAGCCCUCGGGUUGGCUGGUUUGCGCUGGUCGGCUCGUCGCUCCACGCGUACCUGGAGGACGGCGAGGGAGAGGAGAUCCACCUCCGCAAGCUGCAGGAGCUGUCCAUCCAGCAGGAAAAUGAGGUGCUGGUGCUGGUGGAGAGAGGGAGGACCCUGUACAUGGAGGGGGAGAGGAAGCUGGACUUUGUGGGCUGGUGCGGGGCCAUCCAGAGAGCAGCUAGCAGCAGCGGAGACUCUCUCGGCCAACAGCAACUCACUGAGACGGACAUUCCUGUCCUGGUCGACCGUUGCAUAGACUACAUCACACAAUGUGGCCUGACGUCCGAGGGCAUCUACCGUAAGAGUGGCGUGAACUCGCGCGUGGCGGCGCUGUGCGAGACGUUCCGGCAGGACGCCAGGAGGGUGCAUCUCCGGGAGGGGGAGAACCAGGUGGACGACGUGGCCACCACGCUCAAACGCUUCUUCAGAGAGGCCGAGGAGGGCCUGUUCACCUCCCAGGACCACCAGGCGUGGCUCAGCACACCUGCCCUCCAGGAUGACAGUGUAAAGAUCUCUCAGUACCAGCUACUGCUCAACAGGCUGCCUCGGGUCAACAAGGCCACACUACGAGCACUGGUCAACCACCUGUAUUGUGUGCAACGGUUUGCAGAGCUGAAUCAGAUGAAUCUUCAUAACCUGGCCAUUGUGUUUGGGCCUACACUGUUCCAGACAGAUGGGAAAGACUAUACUGCCGGCCGUGUCAUAGAAGACCUCAUACAGCACUACACACAGAUCUUUGAUGUUGACGAGCAGCAGCUAAAGAGGCAGCUGGAUGAGAUCACGGUCAUCAUCAAGGUUCGAGAGAAUCUGAACGCCAAGGUCUCUGCAUCUGGCUCUGGGGACUUCAUCUGCACGGUGUACCUGGAGGAGAAGAAGGAGACCGCCGAGCAGCAUGUCAAGAUCCCUGGCUCCAUGACGGCGGCUGAGCUGACCUGUGAGAUCCUGGACAGACGGAAGAUCACGGUCAGAGAGAAGGACUACUGGAGCUGCUGGGAAGUCAGCGAGAAGGAGGAGACUGAACGCCCGCUGCACCAUCUGGAGAGAGUGUUGCCUAUCUUACACUCUCUGGGCACAGACUCUCAUCUGCUGAUCAAGAAACACGUUUCCAUGGAGGCUAUGCUCAUCUACCUGGCCAGUAAAGUGGAUGUGUCCAAACAUGGAAUGGUAAAGUUCCGGGAGGAGAGGAGCAUUCUGGGAUUGGGCCUAAGCUCUGGAAGUUUCCAUGACCGCUACUUCAUCCUCACUACUGGUUCCUUUAGGAUGUACAAGGAAGUGCGGAGUAACCGUCCAGAGAGGGACUGGAAUGUGAAGAAUCUGAAGGUGUACCUUGGCAUUAAGAAGAAACUGCGUCCACCCACCUGCUGGGGUUUGACAGUGGUCUACGAGGGGGACAAACUGGAGAAGUGGUAUCUCUGCUGUGACACCCAGUCAGAGAUGAGAGAGUGGUACGCCACCUUCCUUAGUAUCCAGUUUGAGGGUAACGUAUGGCCUACUGAUGCGGUGCACCUGCGUGUGUCCCGGGCGUUGCCAUUGGAUACGCGUCACGGUAAUGUGUCGUUGAUUCCGUUGCGAGGCAGCGAAAAUGAAAUGCGGAACAGCGUAGCAGCUUUCAGCCAAGACCCGCUUGCUCUUUUUAGAGAUGUGCGAUGAUGGACCCAGAUGCAGGAGGCAGACCAGCCACACAAUCACUUGAACAUUCCAGCAACAACAUUCCACAACCCUACCUGAAUGAUUCAAACACACACAUGCAUUCACAGACACGCACACACACACACCUGCGCCAGUAAGCUGGACCCCCCCCCUUCGCAGGCCUUUCCCUGUGUUCCACCUGCCCCCCACGUCCUCCCCACACUUCCCCUCCCCAGAACUGCCGGACAGGAAGUGACCUCACCGCUGGGCUGCAUUUACGGGGAUACCCGAAGAAGGGUCCGAGACUACAUCUGCUGCAGUUCUCCGGAGGCCAGGAGAGGAGGCCCAGCACAGACUAGCAGUGGGACCAGGGGGGGAGACCAUCCCCCCAGCUCCAGCACUGUCUAAACCUGGACCCCGUCACACCCACAGACAGCUUAUGGAGUUACAGUUGCGAAGAAGAUGGACUUUUCUAGUUUCAAUAUUGACUGACAAUCUGGCUCUCUGUUCUCUGUCUAGGUCCUCCUGCUUUUGUCUCCCACUAGCUCCCUUCUUGUUCUCGAGGCCCUGUCCCUCCGCCGCUCUCCACAUGCAUCCCCGUCUUCAUGUCUGCUUCUCUCUGUCCUCCUCCGUCUCUCUUCCCUCAGAUCCUCCCAUGACUCCCAAGAUCCUUCCUCUAUUUUAACACAUAGUUAUUUAUUUUUCCCGGAGAGGGAGGUUGGCUCUUUUGCCAGUGUUACAUUUAGCCGUAGGCCUAACCUGUAAAUACACACCCUUUUCCAGUACACACACAGUCCUCCAUGUUGCCAGUAUGUGUGUGUGAACCUUCCUUUGUUCCAAGACAUGGCAAGAAAAUGUGUUUCUCUCUGUGUCAUUUCUUCUCUUUGUCUGUAUUGGAUUUGAUAUAUAUUUAGUGUUUACUUAAGUCUAAUAAAUACGUGUCGGUCAGAGUGA